AUGUUGGUUUUGUUCUGUGGUCUAACUUUGGCCCAGAAUGAUGUUAAUGAAACAGAAAUAUCUGAAAUAUCAGUCUUGUUCCAGGAGCUCGGUGCUGUGAAAGCAAAACUAGAAGCUGUGGAGACAAAGCUGAAAGCGACAGAAAACCAGGUUCUGGUUCUCAAUGAGAAAUGUAAAUCCUUGGAGACAAAGCUAGAAGAGACAGAAAACCAGGUGUUGGUGCUCCAGGAGAAAGAAGCACCCAAGAUCGUUUUCAGUGCUGGAAUAGCUGGGAAUUCAGCCAUCGGACCCUUCAGCACAUCCAAGACCUUGAUCUACACAAGAGUCAUAACAAAUGUGGGCAAUGCCUACAACCAGCACACAGGUAUCUUUGUUGCACCUGUUAGAGGCAUGUACUACUUCUCCUUCUUCUAUCAUGCUGGUGGAGGAAAAUCUGUGGGUCUACAACUCAAAAAGAACAAUCAGGUUGUUGUGUGGAGCGCUGAUCAUAAGUCGUCUUAUGAUGGAGCUGAUAAUGGAGGGAAUGCUGCCUUCUUGGUGCUUCAGCGGGGAGACCAGGUCUACAUCCAGCUGGAUGCAAACAGGCAUGUUUGGGGAAACCCCUAUGGCACUACAUUUAGCGGCUUUCUUCUCCAUAAAGUCUGACAAAAGAUUGAACAUCAAUUUGAUUAUUUCAAUGUCAAUGUCAUGGUUAGUGUUUUUUCUGUUUCAUAAGCAAAUCACAAAAAUCACUGUGGAAGCGCAAUAAAGGCCUUAUUUUUCAGAAAAGAGCAUUUCUAACAAGAGCAUGAAAGAUGUGAAUGGAAAAAGAAAAUAUACAGACAUGUAUUUGUAUAAUCUGGAGGCAUUUCUUUUCCAGAAUUUUCCAAAUUUAAACAUAAAUCUAGUGGAGAACAUGGACAUUAUGGACAUAAUGGUUUAUGGUGUUUUAAUCUAUGUAGAAAUGGAUUUAAUUUAUCUGGACAGAAUUUACAGCCAUAGUCAGUAAAUGAAAAUAUGCAUUUCAAUGAGGCUCAUUGUCAGAUUAAUUUACUUUUAGAAAAUUAAAAACU